AUGUCUAAUAAACAAGGAAAAAAAUCCACAUCAUUAGCAACCAAAACGAGUACUUCAACGUUAUCAACUGUACCAGCAACCAAAGACUUAUUUGUCAUUGGUAAACGUGAAAAACCAAAAAUUGAACGACCAGUACCAUGGGUAGAAAAAUAUCGACCAAAAAAAGUCAGUGAUAUUGCUUAUCAAGAUGAAGUUAUUGCUGUUCUCAACAAAUGUAUCAGUGGUAGUGAUUUUCCAAAUCUCUUAUUUUAUGGUCCACCAGGCACUGGGAAAACAAGUACAAUUCUAGCUGCUGCGCAUGAAAUGUUUGGAUCAGAUUUAUAUCGUGACCGGGUGAUGGAAUUGAAUGCUUCGGAUGAACGUGGCAUUAGUGUUGUUCGUGAAAAAGUGAUCAAAUUUGCACAAUUAUCUGCGGCAGCAAAACGUCCAGAUGGUCAGCCUUGCCCUCAUUUUAAAUUGAUUAUUCUGGAUGAAUGUGAUUCAAUGACAAAAGCGGCGCAAGCAGCUCUUCGUCGAACAAUGGAACGUGAAUCAAAAACAACACGAUUUUGUUUAAUUUGUAACUAUAUCAGCAGAAUUAUUGAACCGAUAACAUCACGUUGUGCAAAAUUUCGUUUUAAACCAUUGCAUACCGAUAUUAUUGAACAACGUUUACAAACAAUAUGUGCUGAAGAAAAUGUUAACUGUGAAAAAGAUGCAAUUGUCGAGUUAGUCAAAUGUACAGAUGGUGAUAUGAGAAAAGCGGUGACAUUUUUACAAAGUGUUGCUCGCGUUCGACCAAAUGAAACGGUGACAUUGGCUGAUGUACACGAAAUAACAGGUAUUAUUCCUGAAACAGUGAUUGAUCAAUUAGUUCAAGUUUGUCAUACUCCUUCGUACGAAAAAUUAGCUACAACAGUUAAAAAUGUUCUAUGCGAAGGUUAUGCAGCUCAUCAGUUAAUAAUGCAAUUACAUGAUUAUCUAUUAGAACAAAUGAGUAUUUCAAAUGAAGAAAAAGCGGUGAUAUUUGAUAAAAUAGCCAUGGUUGAUGGAUGUUUAUUGGAUGGUGCUGAUGAAUAUUUACAAAUUAUGGAUUUAUUAUGUACAGUUAUGCAACAAUUUUGUCGUUCAUAG